AUGCGUAUUGAGAGCAAACAUGAUGUUACACCUAUUAGGAGAGGUGUUCGGAAUAGAACAAAACCAAAGAAAUAUGGAGAAUUUACAGAACUAUCACCCACAAAAAGAAGAGCUCAUGAUGAACAAAUUUCUGAUGAAGAAUGUCUAAAUUAUGAUACUAAUUUAUUGAAAUUACCAACUGAAUUAUUUAGUAGUGAUGAUGUAGAGGGUAGUGAUAUGUUUAAAUUUAAAUCUCGGCACACUAAACAUGAUUUGCAGAAUAAAGUAAAAACUGCCAUUAAUAAUUCACCUAAAGUAACUGGGACACAUACUAUAACUCCAAAGAAGGUACAAAUGGGAUUACAUCAGAGUCCGUUAAUAAAAGUUUGUGAAGCAACACCAAGACAUGUGAAAGAUAUUAUGAAGAAAAGAAUAAUUUGUGAAGUGGAAAGUGACAGCAAUGAAAGUGAUUAUUCUGGAAGCAGCAGUGACUUUGUGCCUGAUGGAAGUGCGGAUGAAGAUGCUGUAUCAAGUUCAUCAUCAGUUAGUGAUUCUGAGGAGGAGGAACAAGAGCUUCAUUCCAAUAGGCAAAAGAAAGUUCAAGUAAAUAAAAAUAAGGAAACAAGAAGUCGACCAAAGGAUUCUGAAUAUAUAGUUACAUCUGAUAAUUACUUUCUAAUGCAUUCAAGCAAAAAGAUUACUACGUCCGAUCACACGUUGGCCAGGCUGAAAAACUUGAACAUUGGUGAAAGUCUAGAAGAUAAUAUACAAAUAUCUGAUGAACAUAAAGUAAAAGUACUCGAACUAACUCAAUCGUAUGAGCAACUGUUUGACAAGUGGCUUUAUGUUUUAAGUGAAGGCUUUAAUAUAAUUUUAUACGGUGUUGGUUCUAAAAGGACGCUGUUACAAAAAUUCCAAAUGAAAAAGCUUCAAGAUUUUCCAUGUAUCGUUAUUAACGGUUUCUUUCCUAGUCUAACAAUUAAAAGCAUUUUGGAGUCCAUUAUUGUUGAUUUGCUGGAAAAUAGUCACGUGCCGUCAAAUCUUGGAGAUGUUAUUAGUAUGAUUGAUAAACAGUUGAAAGAUUGUGGCAUAGAACUAUUCUUGAUAAUACACAAUAUUGACGGAACUAUGUUGCGUAAUUCUAAAGCUCAAGCCACCCUUUCAAGUCUUUCAGAGAUUGAGAAUGUCCACACUAUUGCAACAAUAGAUCAUAUUAACGCACCUCUAUUGUGGGAUCACUCAAAGUUGAGUAAAUUCAAAUUCACGUGGUGGGAUGUUACCACUUUCAUGCCAUAUAUUGAAGAAACAUCAUAUGAGAAUUCAAUAAUGACCCAACGAAGUGGAGCAUUACAGCUAUCAUCUCUAAGAAGUGUCUAUCAAUCUCUCACUAGUAAUGCUAAGGGAAUUUUCAGUAUUAUAAUUAACUACCAAUUGGAGAAUCAGAGAGUAGCUCACUAUCAAGGUCUACCAUUUAAGGAUCUUUAUUCAAAGUGUCGUGAGCAGUUUUUAGUUAGCUCCGAUCUUGCGUUAAGAGCUCAGUUAACAGAGUUUCUGGAUCACAAACUUGUUAAAAUCAAGCGUACUUAUGAUGGAAGUGAAAACCUCGUUAUACCUAUAGAAAAUACUUUAUUGCAACAGUUUUUAGAAGAACAUGACAGAUGACAAUUCUGCUGUAUAUAAGUUAUCUAAUAAACGCUUGAAAUCACUACGAAUCCCUGAUUAUAAUUAAUUUAUCUUUACCUUUUAAGAUAUUUUGAUGAAUGAAACUAAAUAAUAAAUUUAGCUUUUAUUUUACAAUCCCAGAAAUAAUCUUAAUAGGAUUAUAUAUAAUGUAUACAUAUAUAUUAUAUUAUAUAUAUAUUAUAUCAACAGGACAAGUUGUAAAUUACUUAAACUUAAUGACUUACAUAAUAGAAUAAAAUUAUUAACUAAAAUUAUCUUCAACAUAUCUGGCACAUUCACCAUGAUGCAUCAACCAAACAUUUCAUUGAUAUUACUUAGUGCAUAAAUUGCUCUUUCAAGAUUAAAAAGAUUGUAGAAAAAUAUUCUCUGAACUGAUCAAAGAAUCAAGAUUUAAUCUAAUUUAUUUGAAUUACGUUUGUUUUUUUUACGCCCUUUCAAAUUAUUUAUAAAUGCCAAUUUAUUAUUAUGUCCGUUAUCAUACUGAUAUUGCGAGAUUAAUUUCUUAUAGAAAUACCAGCUUAUGGGUUGCAACAUGUAAACACAUGUACAAUCGGAAGAAACCAGAAUAUUAGAUCUGAAGAGAAAUUAAGAAAUAUUUUUAUUUAAGGAAGGAUAAUAAUUUAAAUUUUAUUUUACUAAUGAUAGUUUACUUUAAAUAAAUCACUUCACUUGUACUUUUUAAAAAUAAAUUUUGGACAAAUUUUCUAAUUUGUUUAAAGAGAAAAUUGACUUUAUAGUCAUAGAGGUUCUAAUGUAUGUGUUUAUCAGUCUAAUUUGGUCAUCAAUAAAAAGGCGGAGCCCAUAUCAGAUUUGUUAUGUUUUUUUCAAGGGCUUGGGAAUUCUUUUGUUAACCCUAAUUUUAGUUCAUCUCCCUUACAACUAAUUAAAGUAAUCGUCAUCGCAAUUAUAGUUUUUAGAAUGAGAGCUAUUUAAUCCUAAAACCAUGCACUUUCAUUUCAAUGAUUAGACUAAAUUAAGCAUGUCAAUAGAAUAAAAAAAUAUUAUUACAUAAACAAUUUAAUUGAAACAUUAACUUGUCGGACAACAAACUACAAGAUUUCCACACAACAGACAUCAACAUUCAAUGAUAUUAAACACUUCGGAAUCAUUCGUCGUGGUUGUUAAAUAUUGUGGUGAAGGCAUGUUCAUAUCAACCUUGUCAGGCUGAUUAAAAAGUGAUAACUAGUCUAAGGGAUGACUGCAAAGUAACGAGAUAGUGAUCUGUGACUUUUACCACGACCGUUGGAACGCUGCCGUUCCGUUACAGUGAGCGGGACUCUAGUACCACUCUAUGAAGAGAACGGGUGCGGUUUUAAGCGCUCGCGGUACAGACCCAGGUUUAUUGUCCGAUGCUUCGGAGCGCUUUUCACUUACAAACUAGUAAGAUAACUCCGCUUAAGGCAACACUCAAUUUUCGUCGUCGUCUUCAUGUUUCCGUUUUUUACCCCGAGUGCUCUCCUCUGGCUCUCCUGUUUUUACAAUAAUGCGUGAUUCAAUAUUUAAAUAAAUGCAUCACGCAUUAUUGUAAUGUUUUAUAAUAAUUAUUAUUUAAUUAUUAUAUUUGACCAAUUUUGCAUUCAUAAUGCUAUAAAUAAUAAUUUAUAAUCUCAUGUAAUAAAGAUAUUAUACUUUUUA